AUGCUCCCACAGCGAGCAUCUCAGCAAAGAUCUCGAGUAUCGACGCUUGUUCUCCGAACCUCUCACGAAACCCGCCACAAGGUACACCGAUACCACCGGUGGGUAACAAAUAACCCAGAGCUACAUCAGUCAUAUCAAGACCAGGCACGUCGAGACGGAUACAAUCCCACAGGUGGAUCGUCCAACGCCUUCACCGGCAUAUACUAUCCAACCCCACCACUAGGCGGACCGUCCCGACAAACUCAAGCUGAUUCAGAUCUCAUCUUCCCCCAUUCCCCGCAGCAUUUCCGUCAAGCGACGUCGAAUACAUCCGAGCCACCAUCGCCAGGGUCCGAAGCUCGCCCAGAAACCAUUGGCGCCCCAACGACGCAGCCCGCGCAACUCAAGUGGCAAAUUGCUUGGAAUGCGAUUGGCGCCGCAGAAAACGCCCUCCUCUUGGCCGAGUUGGUCAAGAAUUUUCUUGAUAAAGGCGUAACCCCGGAGUUGCGCCAGAAGGCGACCUCUAUCCUGACAACGAUGGGUGGCACUCAAGGAUUGACCACGGGUCUGAAUAUCAUUAUAGGCGAGCAAUCUCCUGAACUGGCGCCGAGCUCUAUCGACCCCGUCCUCCGAACUGCACAUGCUGGCCGCAGCGGAAGUUCUUCUAGCACCUCUAAGAAGUUCAACGACAAACCCAUUCCAAUUGACCUUACCGGGUCAUCUUCCAGGAAGCGAUGGGCAGCCGAUCAUGAGUCGGACGAAGACGUCUCGGGGGUCCUCAAUGCACCGACCAAACCACCAACGAGCGCUCUUCCCGUCAUUCCGUGGCAAUGGCAGGCAGCACCUUCUAUCAUCAAAGACUUCAUCGCCUUUCGCAAUGGCUGCCGGGCCAUUUAUACCCUUAUCUGUGCUGAUGAGGCAAUGUCUCUGCCUCUCACAGUAGCUGCCUACAUGGCUGGUAUUGGAAAAUCACUUGUCAUGUCAUUAGACAUGCCGCUUCUCAUCCCCUAUCCCGACUCGACUGCGAUGGCAUCAUACUUCACCUCCAUCAGCGAUAUGUCCAUCUUUAGCAAUGUGAACGACGCCCGUGUGCUCGCAAGAGACACGGCGAACUUUAUGAAGUCGCAGGGCUGGGUGGACUCUGCUGGACUUGCAAUCCAGCAUGAGCGAGCGAUGACGCCUGCUGAGGGCUUGUCGUGGCAGACGAGCUGA